CUGUUUUCAAAUUAUUAAACAUUACAGUUUUAGCUUUCACACUUAUAAGUACUUUGCUUUAACAACAUAUUUUUUGUUACAUAUCUCAUCCAUAUUCACUCAGUGUAUUGUGCACAGAAUCAUAAAUGUUUUCCCUAAUCAAGGAUGUAAAAUUGACAGUGGGUAAUGAGAAAUGUCUUGCUUCACAUGUUAAAUUUGGUGUUACUUUAGAUUCUGAUCUUGGUUUUGUUCCGAAUGCAAAGAUGGUUACUUAAGUCACAUUAGAUUACUUCUUAAACAUUUAAAAAGUUGGGGGGGAAUAAUCGGUCUAUGUGAUUUGUUACAAGCAGAAGGUAAUACUGUUAUGCUCCAUUUAAUUAGUAUUCAUUUAAAGCAUUUAAAAGAUUAAAAUCAAUCUAAAACCUCAGACCAAUCUUGAUUUCGGCCUGACUGAAUGAUUUUAACUUAAGACUCCCAGAGGCUUGGAUGUAGCUACUUUGUGUCAUGUUUUAUCGAGGUAUGUGUUGUCAAACUUUUGUCCCACCACCAUUUCCUUCAAAGUUGUGGUUGUCGUUGUUGAAGCUGCAGUUUGCAAAAUGCAUCCGCUAGAUUGGGUACAGCAUUACACUUAACAGUAACUUCCUGUGGGCCUUGGUGGUCCAAUGAUUUGCUUAUUUAAAGACAGAAUUAGAUUGAAGGCUUUCGGUUGAAGACAACUUUAACAUUCACAUUUACGGUGCCUUGAAAAAGUACUCAGCCCCCAGUGCAGUUUUCACAGUUACUUUUGUGUCAGAUUCAAAAGGUAAAAUAUAUUAAAGUAUUACUUUUUCCCCCAGCUCGUACACAGUAUUGUCUAUCAUGACAAAUACCAUUUUAAAAAGUAUUCAUACCCUUCGUAAUAACUAGGUUAACCUUGCUCAGGUGCAAGACAUUGUCUUGUAAACAUCCAGAUUUCUGCUCUAGUCUCCACUAGUGUUGACAAUUAGUGGAUCCGCUGCUUCCAGUUACUUCAUGAGCAUAAAAACAUUCCCUCUCUGUCCAUCACACAGAAGUGGAUGAAAUAUGGAAGGACAGCCAGUUCUCGUAGUCGACGAGAGAAAUGGGCAGGAGUAAAGACCUGAGCAACUUUGACAAGGGCCAUAUUGUUUUGGCCAGACGACUGGGUCAGAGCAUCUCUGAAAUGGCAAGGCUUGUGGGGUGCUCCCAGUCAGCAGUGGUGAGUACCUACUGACAGUGGUCCGAGGAGGUGCAAACCACAAACCGGCGACAGGGUGUUGGGCGCCCAAGGCUCAUUGAUGCGUGAGGGCAACGAAGGUAAUCCCGUCUGGUCCGAACCAACAGAAGGUCUACUGUGACACAAGUAACAGAAAAUUUUAACAAUGGUUACGGGAGGAAUGUGUCACAACACACAGUGCAUUGCACCCUGCUGCGUAUGGGGCUGCGUAGACCGGUCAGAGUACCCAUGAUGACCCCUGUCCACUGUUGGAAAUGGUAUUCCGUAAUGGCAGUGGCCUCUUUCAGCAGGAUAAUGCGCCCUGCCACACUGCACACAUUGUUCGGGAAUGGUUUGAGGAACAUGAUGAAGAGUUCAAGGUGUUGCCCUGGCCUCCAAAUUCCCCAGAUCUCAAUCCGAUUGAGCAUCUAUGGGAUGUGCUGGAACAACAAGUCCGAUCCACAGCAGAUCCACCUCAUAACUUACAGGACCUGAAGUAUCUGGUGCUAAUGUCUUGGUGCCAGAUACCACAGGACACCUUCAGGGGUCUUGUAGAGUCCAUGCUUCGGCGGGUCGGUGCUGUUUUAGCGGCAUGCUGAGGACCAACAGCAUAUUAGUCCAAAAGCAAAAACAUGAGUCAUGAAUUAUUUGUCGUCUUUGGAGUGGGGGCUGUGAUCAUCAUUCUGAUCGUUAUCUGCUGCGUUUGUCCCUGCUGUUGUCUUUAUAAUAUGUGCAGAGAACCUAGACCUGUUGCAGCAGUGACAGGAACACAUAUAACUACAGUCGUAAAUGCACAAUCCAUUCAGCAGCAGCCUGUCAUACAGGGAGGUCCAUACUUGGCAUAUCAGUCUGUGCCAACUCAGCCAGGGUAUGGAGCCCAGCCAGCCUAUGGAGGGCAACCUAUGCCAAUGGGACCAUAUCAGGAACAGCCAUAUGUAUCAGGACCCCCACCCCCAUAUCAUGUGGCCGCAAGCCCUGGACAUCCCAACAGUCAGGCUGCAUAUGACGGUGGCCAGGCUGCAUACCCUAUACAUCCACCUGCUCAGCCGGGUUUUGCACAUCCGCCUCCACCAACAGGCAACUUUAAUCAGCCAGCCUACAACCCCGCCUAUGUGGAACCACCAAAGACUGCAUACUAAACCACAACUGUCUGUCACUGAAUUGUGGUCUGCUACACAUUUCCGUGCUAAUGUACAAAUAAGCUUUAGAUAUAUACAUUAUUUGAUGCAGCUUAUGCAAGACUAGUGGACAUGCUCCUAACAUAAAAUGUCUGUAUUUUGUUUCAAAUGAUGCACUUUAGUGGUCAUCAUGGUGAACUUUUGUAUUCAUUUCAACUGAUGAAAGCUUGCAGUGUAUUUGUUUAAUGUCUAGAGAGUGGGAGCCUUGCAACCCUAGCUGAAAGACAAACAACAACUUUGGUUCAAUUUGAGGGAGGUGUUACAAAGUUUGGAAAAUUUCCAUUAUGAGUUCUACCCUUGAGGGUCUAAAACAACAGCAUUUGAAUAUCUCUGUGUGAGGCAGAAUUUCCAUAAAUGUGUCAUGAGGCCCACCGACUUCUUUUAAUGAGUAGUUUAAAUGUGAAAUGCAAUGAAUGCGUCUAGGUACGAAAGAGGGGGACAUUUUUGGCUUUCUUUGUAAACCGGAGAGUUUACAAAAAACAAACAAAACAAAAACAGGAGAGUGGGCUAGCCUUUUUUAGCCAAUCAACUGGAGUCUGUAUUUUUCUGUCUGCAGCAGUAUUAUGGAGCCCCCUUGUAGUGAAACAAAAAAAUAAAAAUAAAUAUAUAUAACAA